CGCUCAAUAUGUGCGGCCACAAGCUCGGAAAGCUCCCGCCCCGCCGGUGGCGGUCGGCGGCGGCGGCCAGUCCGCCGGCGGCACGCGAGCACGCCGCACGCACCAUGCGCGCCCUGGCUCCGCUCGCCCUCGCCGCGCUGGCGCUCGCCGCGCCCCCCGACCCCUGCUACGACGACGCCGAGCGGCCCCGCCGCUGCAUCCCCGACUUCGUCAACGCCGCCUUCGGCGCGCCCGUGCUCGCCUCCUCCGUCUGCGGCCGGCGCGGGCCCGAGCGCCUCUGCGACCCGCCCGGAGACCAGCCGCCCGACCAGGCCUGCCGCGUGUGCGACGCCGCGCGCCCCGACCGCCGCCAGCCGCCGCAGCACCUCACCGACCUCAACAACCCGCACGACGUCACCUGCUGGCGCUCCGCCCCCCUACCGCCCGCCGCCUACGACUCGCCGCCCGACAACGUCUCCCUCACGCUCUCGCUCGGCAAGAAGUACGAGCUCACCUACGUCAGCCUGCAGUUCUGCCCGCGCGCCGCCCGCCCCGACUCCGUGGCCAUCUACAAGAGCGCCGACUACGGGCUCACGUGGCAGCCCUUCCAGUUCUACUCCAGCCAGUGCCGGCGCGUGUACGGGCGCCCCAACAAGGCCACGGUGACCGCCGCCAACGAGCAGGAGGCGCGCUGCUCCGACUCGCACCGCCUCGGCGACGCCGGCGGCUCGCGGCUGGCCUUCAGCACGCUGGAGGGCCGGCCCAGCGCCGCCGGCUUCGACACCUCGCCCGUGCUGCAGGACUGGGUCACGGCCACCGACGUGCGCGUGGUGUUCAACCGCCUGCACAUGGUGGCCGAGGGCGACGAGGCGGACGGCAAGCUGCAGGCGGCGGCGGGCACGCAGCACUACGCCGUGUCGGACUUCGCCGUGGGCGGGCGCUGCAAGUGCAACGGGCACGCGUCGCGCUGCGUGCUGGCCAAGGCGGAGGCGGACGCGGGGGCCACGGGGGCCACGGGGGCCACGGGGGCCCCGCAGCUGGCCUGCGACUGCAAGCACAACACGGCGGGCCGCGACUGCGAGCGCUGCAAGCCCUUCCACUUCGACCGGCCCUGGGGCCGCGCCACGGCCCGCGACGCUAACGAAUGCAAAGAAUGCAGCUGCAACGGCCACGCCCGCAGAUGCCGGUUCAACAUGGAGCUGUAUAAGUUGUCCGGCCGCGAGUCCGGCGGCGUCUGCAUCAAGUGCCGGCACUUCACCGCCGGCCGGCACUGCCACUACUGCCGUGAAGGCUACUACAGAGACCCUACGAAGAAGAUCACGCACAAGAAGGCUUGCAAACCAUGUGACUGCCACCCGGUGGGCGCGAGCGGCAAGACGUGCAACCAGACGAGCGGGCAGUGCCCGUGCAAGGACGGCGUCACCGGCACCACCUGCAACCGCUGCGCCAAGGGCUACCAGCAGUCCCGGAGCCACAUCGCGCCCUGCAUACGCAUCCCACGCGUGGUGACCGCGGUGCAAGCGAUGGAGGCGGUGGACGGCGAGCCGGGCCGCGCAGCGGAUCAGUGCGGACGGUGCCGCGCCGGCGCACGCACCCUAAACCUCAACAAGUUCUGCAGCCGAGACUACGUCAUAAUGGGCAAGGUGGUCGGUCGCGAGGCGGCGGCGCGCGACGGCGAGUGGGCGCGUCUGACGCUCAGCGUGCAAGCCGUGUACAAGCGCGCGCCGCGCUCGCGCCUGCGCCGGGGCAGCGUCGCGCUCCACGUGCGCGCCAGGGACCUCGCCUGCAAGUGCCCUAAGCUCAAGAUCAACAAGUCAUACCUAAUCCUAGGAGUGGAAAAAGAAGGCUACGCGACGGGGCUGCCGGGACUGACGGUCGGCGACCGCACGCUGCUGCUGGAGUGGCGCGACGACUGGCACCGCCGCAUCCGCCGCCUGCAACGCCGCGCCAUCAACUGCCACUAGGCGCCGACGAUGCCAAGCCAAGUGCCGCUGGCUGUGGGGCAUCUGCCGCUAGAAGCAGGGCGGAGUAACUGCUGUUAGUUGCAGAUUGUUUGCCGCUAGUUACAGGUCGUUUGCUAGCUAUAGCGACUGCCGCUAAUCGUAGAAUAACUUCAGCUAGUAGCAGGAGAUCAGCUGCAAGCCGUUAAGUGACUGCCGCUAUUAGCAGGAUGUCUUGUGGCUGUAGGGUAACUACCGUUAAACGCGGUGUCCCCUACUAGCCGUAGAAUGUCUUCUUCUAGCUGUAAGAUAUCUGCUAUUAGUUGCAACGUGUCUACUGCUACCCUUAAAGUAACUGCUGCUAGCUCAAAAAAAACUGUCGCUAGUUUCAGAGUGUCUGUCACUAGCCGUAAAAUGUCUGUCUUUAGCUGUAAAGUAACUGCCACUAGCAGCAAAGUAGCUGCCACUAGCGGCAAAGUAACUACUGCUAGCAGCAGAGUAACCGCUACUACCAGAAGGCAACUGCCACUAGCAGCAAAGUAGCUGCCACUAGCGGCAAAGUAACUACUGCUAGCAGCAGAGUAACCGCUACUACCAGAAGGCAACUGCCACUAGCAGCAAAGUAGCUGCCACUAGCGGCAAAGUAACUGCCGCUAGUUACAAAGCUUCUUUUGCUGUCGCUAGUAGUAGAGUGUUUGCUCCGUAAAAUAAUAGCUGCUAAUGGCAGGGAGUCUGCUGCAAGUCGCAGAGUGUCAGCUGCUAACUGUAAAAUAACUGUAACUAGAUGCCAUAGGCUAUCUGCCACUAGCGUGUCUUCUGCUAGCCGUAAAUCAACUGCCGCUAGUUUCAGUCUUUGUUGCUAGUUGCAGAGUUUUUACCAUUUGGUCAUAGAGUUUCUACCGCUAGAAGCAGGUGGCCUGGCGCUAGUGGCAGAGUGUCUGCUGGUAGCAGUAAAGUAACUGCCGCUAGAAGCAGAAUAACCGCCGCUAACUGAAAAGUAACUGCAGAUGACCACGGCAAGCCACAGGCGACUUCCGACGAUUAAAAAAUCCGCGCGCGAGAGAGUUGACGUGACGGUGGUGUGUUUCCAUGUGGUUUUGAUCUGAAUUGUUGUUUAUGAGAUUAAAUGAUAAUAAGUAUUUAAUAUUAAUCACAAAAGCAUUUGCUUUGACUCAGUCUGUACCCUACGAUCGUAUUAUGUUCGAAUUCGCUUUGAAAUCUGAAACAUUUUUAGAAGUAAGGAUUGGACUUACCCUUAGCGGGGAUUUAUCAGCACACAUAAGGGUUAAUCCCUUUGUAUUAUUUGAAACUCUUUCACUAAAGUAUUAUGAAUCAAAGUUUACCCUGUAAAUACACCACUGAAACGUUGGCAACUCUUUUAUUAUCCCUCAACUUGGAGUUAAUUCUAGACAGUAAUUUUACAUAGAAUUGAAGUUUUGUCCAAUUAACAAUAAAAUCAUGUAAAAUUAUUGACUUGAAGUACAGUUCUGAGUAUAGUCCAAGGGACAAGCUACAAAAUUCGGCCAUAUUCCGUCUUUGUUCCGUGCUAAUGUAACUGCCAACAAACGUGCUGUCUGAUAUCUCAAUAAUUUUAACUAGUCUCGAUUAGGUAAAACUAGCUUUUUCAUCCGACAAACAUUUUUUAAUCGUCAGUUUUAUACCAAAAAAACAAACAGCUUAUAAUAAUUUCUUUAACUUCCUUCCUAGGAUUUCGUUACAAAUGUACAUUAAUAAUUAUUUAUUUAUAUAGACUAAUUAAUUGUAGAUCGACGAGUUUCGUUCCAUUUCUUGCAUUUUUGUAUAUUUGUUACUUUAUAUCGAAAAAUGCGCAUGUUAAUACUUGUUUUUGUACAACGGACGACAAUUUUGACACGCGUCAAACGUCAACAGUUGUUUUGACAGCCGGUAAGUGUUCUGUCGGUGAUUGUACAAUUUAGAUCUAGGUCAUAUCGCGUAGAUCCACAAAACAUAGUCACAAUGGUUUAACGUACCUCAUUUAUUAAGUAAACUUAAUAAUUAAACUGGUAAGGGUUGCAUAUUAAUUUACAUAGUGGAUAGUGUUAGAUUUUUUACUUUUUACGCUAACUGCCGUUGGAAUUAACUUUGUACUGUCUGUUUUUCAUGUUUAUUUUGUAAGUGAGUCUUGCCAAAGUACCAUUUCGUAACUGUACAGACUAAGGUACUUAAUUCUUUUCUAUCCGCAUAUUUUGUUGGGAGAUGUGUUUGGGGGGAGUGCGUUGCCUAAAUGUGGGGUGUGUACAGUAUUAUUAGCUUUACUAAGUUAAAUGUUAUUUAUAAGUGUUCUUUCGUUUUAAAAAUGUGCACAGCGAUGCCGGAGGUGUAAUCAUUGGCAAUUGACUUGUCAGUAUCAAUCUCGUGGGUACAGUUAUGCGCGGAGUGCUAUAUCAAACUGAUACACGCUUCGACAAUUUAGUGGCGUUUGUCCGCAAUCACCGGACAAAAAUGACGCUAUAUUACGGUGCGUCGUGUCGUGAACGGUAUUUAUCGAUAAUACUUUUAUUUAUUGCUGUUUCAAUGUAAUAUUAAAAUAAUAAUUGAUGAGGUGUGAACAUUUUCCACUUAAAUUCCUAUAAAGAUAACAUUGUUGCAAAUUAUGCAUAUUUUCACGUUAAAAGUAUACAUUAUAAUAUUAUAAAAACGAAACCAAAACAUAUGUUGUGACACUUUUUAAAACGGAAGAUAAAUAUAAUUCAUAAAGAUAAAAAUACCUAUUUAAAUGACUUAGGAUUCGCUUGAUCGUAAUACGGAUUGUAAAAAGUGUAUUUAGUUGUAGAAUUGAUCUAUUAACCUGUUUCUAGUUAUGCAUAUCUUUAGGUUUCGUAAUAUCUUAGUAUAAUGAAAUAUUUUUUGUGCACUUAUCAGUAAAAAAAAUCAGUUAAUAAAUCGUUAAAUGUAUAAAGAACGGUUCAAUUAAUGUACUUACCAAGAAAAGAGAGAAAAAAAAUACAAUUUUGAGAGUGCACAAGAAAUAUUUCAAACAAAAUAUAUCAGAUCGUAUAGUGAUAGUCAGUUUGUAUUUUUACCGAUUAUGUGAAUAUUGUAUGUUUGUUCAAACCAUAAUAAUACAAUACAUAACGACGUAAUAACUUUUAUGUUUCAAUAACAAUUUAACAGAAGUGGGCUGAAAUAAUUAUAGGCCAGGUAAACAACACAGAUUUACCUUUUUUUAUUUCAUCAGAAGAAUAAUUUUCGAAUAUUUUUUUGCUAUUAGAACCAUUUGGGACAAUUUUUAAAACAUCAAAUAAUUUAUUUUUCAGAAUAUUAAUCGCUUAAAAAUAUCUUUCUUAUUUAUUAUAAUAAUCAUUCGUUGAUUUAAUGACACAUAAGUUAUUAACGCACAAAAAUGGCCUAAAUGCUUCCUGUAAAAGAUCAUUAAUACAAUUAUUAACAAACAGUAGCGACUGCGAACUGUACUUGU